GAUUCUUGUUUCGCUUGAAUUGGAUAUCGCAUUCUUUCCAUUUGUCUCGACAACAGGCAAGGAAGUGAAACGGUACGAAUAGCGAUUCGAAUUGAUACAGUUGCUUUCGUAAAAUCGAAGUUUUCUGAUUAGCAAAGGAAGAAAAAUAUUGUUAUAGAAAAAAAAUGGGUAAGGUAAAGGCAUUGAAGCAUAAUGCAAAUAAAGGAAAACAAUUACAUGAAAUAAAAGGUGGUUCUGUAAAGAAGAACAAAGAUUCCAAAUUUAAAAGUACACCCAAAGGUAAGGUAGCUUUAAUCAAUUCAAUAGAACUUUAUCAGAAGCUUUCCCCAAAAGUCUCCUCUGGAAAUAAAUCUUCAGAUCAAAAGCCUACUUCAAAUAAAAACAAGAUUUCGAAGAAAUAUCAAAAGUCUUCUCCAAAUGGUAAUGCAGUAGCAAAGCGAUCAAAACAAGAUUCUCCAAACAAAAACAAAAAACAAAAAUUCAAGCAAAGCAUGAAUUCUAACAAAUCACACGAAGUUAAGCAGAUCAGUUCUAAAAAGGUGAAAAAGCUAAUGGCUCAAUCUGGGUCUAACGUCAUCUUCGUACCUAAAAGGAUGAUGGAUGAAGGAAGUGAGGAUGAUAGUUCAAAUAAAUCAGAUGAAAGCGAUUCAGAUAUCCCAGAUAUUUUUGGCAAGAGCUUAGGAGAUGAAUCAGAUGAUGAAGAUAAAGAUUAUGAAGAGGAUGAGGAAGAAGAAGAAGACAUGGAUGAUGAUGAUGAUGACUCUGAUGAAGAAGAAAUGGACGAUGAAGAAGAAAUGGACGAUGAUGACAGUGAUGAAGAGAUGAGUGAGCAUAAAGGUAUAAAAAUGUUUAAAGGUUUACAAUCUAAAACCAAGAAAAAUAAGAAAGAUCAAAAGGAGGAUAGUGAAGUCGAAAGUAAUGAGAAUACAACUGAGAGUGAUGAAGAUGAUGACGAGGAUGAUACAGAUGAAGAUAAAGAUGAAGACAAGGAAAAGCAAAAAAAGAAAGAAAAUCACAUUAAAAAAUCUAAGGUUACAAUUAUCAAAAGUUACCCUGAAGUAGAAGAUCCUAUAGUAUCCGAUUCAGACUAUUCCAAUGAUACUGAGUAUAGCGAUAAUCCAGAAUUAGGCACAAAAGCUCUUUUGGGUCACAGUAUUGUAGACGACGACGAUGAUGAUGAAGAUUUUAAUAUAGAAGAAGGUAGUAGUGAGGAAGAUCUUACUAGUGAAUCCAGUGAAAAUGAUUACAGUGAAAAUGAUGACAAUGAAAAUGAUGACAGUGAAAAUGAUGACAGUGAAAAUGAUGACAGUGAAAGUGAUGACAGUGAGGAAGCUAAUGAAAAUGAGAAUAAUAUAGAAAGAUUUAAAGUAACACAAAAAGAGAAAGACGAUCUAAGAAAAAGAAUUGUUCUCAUUGAUAAUAUCUCAAAAUCAACGCCUAGUGAUCUGAUAGCAUACCUGUGUAAGGAAUCUGGAAAAUUCGUGAUAUUUGAAGCAAGACCUUAUCCAGAAUUCUUUUUUGGUUCAGAAGGGGAGCGUAUAGAACCUUCGACAUGGAUAGAUCGGGAUUAUCCAAAUCUAAAAACAUACUCAGCAAAUGUCCUAUAUGCUAACAGACAAGACGCUCUGAAAGCAGUGGAGCAAAUGCAUGGAAAAAAGUUUGGUGGAAAUUAUUUAAAUGUUAUAACUGCUGAUCAAAUUGUUGAAAAGCCCAGCUAUGCUGUAUAUAUAGCAAAUCUAAAAAAGAAAAUGCCUGACAACUAUAUCUGGGCAUUGUUUAAUAAUUGUGGAAAAAUAGUACGUAUGCGAAAUGUACGUGAUCCAUGGACGGGGUUAAGUAAAGGAUUUGGUUACGUUUCCUUUGAUAAUGCGGACUCUGUAAAGUCUGCUCUUCAAUGUAAUAAUGUAAAACUUAAUGGACGGCAAAUUAAAGUGAUGCCAUAUCCCUAUCAUGAGGACAAAUUUCCUAGAGUAAAAAAAAAUUUGAUAAAAGAAACACAUCGAAGGCAUCGAAUAAUUUUUGAAAAUGCAAAGCAACUUCUUAAAGAGGAGAAAAAAGAACGAGCAGAAAGAAGAAAAAAGAGGAGCUCGGAAGAGCCUGCUAAUGUUGAACCUGAAAGAAACGUUAAGAAGCAUAAAAAGCAAGAGGGAGAUGAAAAAAAGUCUACUGCAUUUCAAGGUCAAAUGGUUGAAUUAAAAAAUAAAAAUAAGAAAAACAAACUUGAUAAGAAAAAGAAGAAAAUGGCAGAAAAGCUUGUACCUAAAUCUAAAAAAACUAAACAAAAUUAAGAUAAUAUUAUCGUAUUUUAUGAAUUCUUAGACAUACUACACAAUUUUUUUAACGUUUUUUUUAUAAUCGAAGAUAUU